GCUUCACGUCUUCCGGCACACGUCGUACGCGGAUGUGAGUGUAGCAGGGCUUUGAUGACUGACUAGAGUGAUUUCCCCGAGCUCUGCUUCAGCUGCGCGUCUCUGCACCGAUCAGGAGCCGUGGUCCCCCGCGAGAGAAGAGCGAUGGGCUUCCGAAAGAAGAGCAAGAGUCCUCCCGUGCUGAGCCACGAGUUCGUGCUCCAGAAUCACGCGGAUAUGGUGUCGUGUGUGGCCAUGGUCAUCCUGCUGGGACUCAUGUUCGAGGUGACAGCAAAAUUUGCGAUUAUGUUCAUCACGGUCCAGUAUAAUGUCACGCAGAGCCUGGACACAGAUGCAGAGGACAAGCCUGAGUCUGUCAACUACUACAGAUACGGUCCCAAGGACAUGGCCACGGUCUUCUUUUACCUGCUCAUUGCCAUAAUCCUUCAUGCCCUGAUUCAAGAGUACAUACUCGACAAAAUCAAUCGUCGGCUGCACUUGUCCAAAACCAAGCACAGCAAGUUCAAUGAGUCGGGACAGCUGGCCACCUUCUACUUGUUCUCCUUCGUUUGGGGCUGCAGCAUCCUCACCAAUGAGGAGUUUGUGACAAACCCCACUUUUCUUUGGGAAGGUUAUCCUCAUAUCCACAUGGCUUUCCAGGUGAAGUUUUUCUAUGUCUGUCAGAUUGCCUACUGGCUCCAUGCUCUUCCUGAGCUGUAUUUCCAGAAAGUACGAAAGGAGGACAUCCCACGUCAACUUUACUACAUCUGCCUUUAUAUAUUUCACAUCACUGGUGCCUACGUCCUCAAUCUCCACCGUCUGGGGCUGGUUCUUCUGGUGCCACAUUAUCUGGUGGAGCUGCUCUUCCACGCCUCACGACUCUUCUACUUCAGUGAUGAAAACAAGCAGAAGGGGUUCACGCUCUGGGCUCUGCUGUUCGUCAUCACACGCCUCCUGACGCUCACCGUUUCUGUCCUGACGUUUGGUUUCGGCCUGUCCCGCACUGAUAAUCAGGGAUUCUCUUUAGCAGAGGGAAACUUUAAUGUGCUGACUGUCAGGAUGACAUGCCUGUCAGCCAUCUGCCUGACCCAGGCCUGGAUGAUGUGGAAAUUCAUCAAUUUCCAGCUGAAGAAGUGGAGAGAACAAUCUCAGAUCCAAGCCAGCAAGAAGAAAGCUGUCGGCCAGAAAAGCAGACCCAGCAAGAAGGACUCUCGGGGGGGUUCAGUCAAUGGAGUCGUGAAACCAGAUGACAAGACAUCACCAAGAGCAAGAAAAUCUAAAGCCUCGUAAGAGGAAACCGAGAGCAGGUGCCCAAAAUGUGAUGCUCUGUUUCCACUCUGAACUUUAGAAAAGAAACGGAUUUGAUAACCGCAAAAAGAACCACAGGAACAAACUAAAGAACUUAGUUGUACGGCAUGGUUCAGGUUUUAUUUGUCUCCUGUUUUUCCUGUCUGCAUCUUUAAAAUGAACUCUAGAUUUAUAAUCAAUCAUUAUAUCCAUAUGCUUGUGACUUUUAGCAAGACUGAGAUGUUUUCUGAGGGUUUUGUGAUUGACGUGAAGGGAAGAUGUUGCACUUGGCUUGACACUUGCUCAUUGAGUUGUGUGGUUUAAGUCCAGGAUCUGAUCGACAAAAAAGUCUCUGAAGCAUUUAUCCAGCCCUUAACACAAUUAAAUCCUAUUCACCGUGAUUUUUGCGCUUUCUGUGAAACACACGGUGUGGACCGAAGCGUUUGAGAAGUGUCCUUUGUUAACUGUUCACAUUUAGCCCCUCAGUCCUAUACGCUACUAUGAAGCUCAGUGAGAAACCCCAGGAUGAAGAGGCUGAGGUGGCGAAGGACUGCUACACCAAUCGUUUUUACCUAGCUUUUAAAUGACCUGAGCUGUGUGAUUUUACAUUUUGAUAAUGAAUUUAGUGUCUCGUUUGCGUGUGAAUGUUGUUGUUCGAGGAUAAUCGUUUUAUAAUUUGUAUCGACAAUGUUUGAGGUGGAGCUGUUGUGUGUUGGUGUUGUGGUUGAGGUGAUUAGAUGAUGGCUCCACCUGCAGGCUUAGAUGGUCUAUUUCUGUAAGGAUUGAUAUCCAUUUUUGUAGAAGGGUUCAAAUGCUGACCCAGGACUAUUAAAGAGCCUAACUGGCCAGGUUUGGGAGAUGGUCCUCACUGCAUAACACAAGAUCCAGGGGGCGUGGUUGGAUCCAGAUCCAACUCCUCCCAACUUACAUAUACCUAAACCUACCCAUCUCCACCCCUAAAUUUACCAAUCUCCACCUUCCCAUCUCCACCUGUAAAUGCACUCAUCUCCACCCCUAAACUUACCAAUCUCCACCUUCCCAUCUCUUCCCCUAAACCUACCCAUCUCCACCCCUAAACUUACCAAUCUCCACCUACCCAUCUCUGCCCCUAAACCUACCCAUCUUCACCCCUAAAUUUAGCAAUCUCCACCUACCCAUCUCUGCCCCUAAACCUACCCAUCUUCACCCCUAAACUUACCAAUCUCCACCUACCCAUCUCUGCCCCUAAACCUACCCAUCUUCACCCCUAAAUUUACCAAUCUCCACCUACCCAUCUCUGCCCCUAAACCUACCCAUCUUCACCCCUAAAUUUAGCAAUCUCCACCUACCCAUCUCUGCCCCUAAACCUACCCAUCUUCACCCCUAAAUUUAGCAAUCUCCACCUACCCAUCUCUUCCCCUAAACCUACCCAUCUCCACCCCUAAAUUUAGCAAUCUCCACCUACCCAUCUCUUCCCCUAAACCUACCCAUCUCCACCCCUAAACUUACCAAUCUCCACCUACCCAUCUCUGCCCCUAAACCUACCCAUCUUCACCCCUAUAUUUAGCAAUCUCCACCUACCCAUCUCUGCCUCUAAACCUACCCAUCUUCAACCAUAAAUUUAGCAAUCUCCACCUACCCAUCUCUGCCCCUAAACCCACUCAUCUUCACCCUAAACUUACCAAUCUCCACCUACCCAUUUCCACCCCUAAACCACACAUCUCCACUCCUGAACCCACACAUAAACUAACCUUGAAUAAUGAGGUGAUUAUGUUUUUAUAUGGACCACUCAUCUCUACGCACCCAGCUCCGCCCCUAAACCUACCAGUCUUCACCCCCUAGAUGUGGAUCCAACCACACCUCCUGGGUCUUGUGUUCUGCAGUGAGGGGCUACUGAAGUUUGGGACCUUGGUGCUUAUCAUUGAUACUUUACGGUUAUCGAUAUAAUCCAUAACACAUAUCAAAGUAAUAACGCUUUUAGUUUCAGUUGCAAAAGCCUUGGAGCUUAUUAAAUAUUUUACUAUGACAUUGUGCAAGUGUGGAUUUUAUCUUCAACGCAAUGAAAGCCAGCCUUUUGUUUUAAAUUAUCAAAAAAUCUGAAGAGGUUUUAAGUGCAGGAGAAAGUUAAAAGUGCAUGUAUACUGAGCUAUAGAGAAGUUUAUGAAGCCCUGAAGCUCUGUUUUGAUGUGAAAAGUGUUGAAACAUCACUCUUUCAUCACUUUGUGGCCUUUUCCUUGCUUUUGAGUGAUCUGCUCUGUUAUCUGUUAACUGCGCUCGACCGUGUCUGUCAGCACGUAGUUUAUAUGAAACCAUACGAUUCUUUAAGUGUCCUUAAACUGACAACAGUAGAAGUUCUUUCUGGGUUUGAGCACCGUUGCUCUCUUUGCACCUGUGUUUAUUAGUGUGAUGAGAGAGUUUGAUAUUCUUUUCCCCAUUGAAAUGUCGUGAAAAUGCAUGUUGCGAAUUUUCAAAGAAUUGGUCAUUGAAGCAUUUGAUGCCUAAGGGCAGAAAUAAAACUGUAGGCAUGCAAUCAAAAGUGGCCGUCUGUUAAUCUUUUUUUUUUGUAGUGUGAAAGCAAGACUCAAACUGCCAGUUUGUUGUUUCAUUUAUUUUCUGAACCCUGUCUUAACACACAUUGUGUCGGAUCAUAUAGAUGCUGUGUACCAGUUGCCAAAUAAUAUGAAAGGGACUCGCUGCUCUCUCCCAGUUACUUUGGUAUUGUGUGUACAAGUUAGAAAUCAUACAGUACCUGCUUUUCGGAUUAAGUUUGUAGGUUAAGUGCCUAAAUCUGGCUGCAGAACUGGGUCCAAAUGGAGUCAAUGGUUUGCUUUUGUUCGGUGCAUUAGUGAAAGAGCCCAGAUUCAAAGAUUUCAUAGAAACUUCCCCCGUGGCCUUCAUAACACACAGAGAGGUUUGUUUGUGGUGCAGAGCUAAUUCUGGGAAUUUAAGUUGGUGCUGGUUCUUCUCUAACAGAUGUCUGGAGGACUUUAGAUUUGAUAAAUACUAAAAUCUCCCACCUUUACACAAAAAUGAUCUUGGUUUUGUUCUUGUUCCAAACCUCUGAUUAACAUCCAUUGCAAAGUAGAAUGCUUUUUUCUCCAUGAAAGAGUUUGUUUUUUGUUUUCCAUUUAGUUUUGUUUGCUGAAUGAUCUUUUAAAGGAAAAUAAUUCUCUAGAGUAAUUCACUACUGAAUAAUUUUUAAACUAUUUUUAUAGCGUUGAACUGUUGAAAGAUUACCAUUAUUUAGAGCAUAUAAAUAUUUUACUGCUUAUGGGUUUAUUAUUUUUAUACUGUGUGGGAGAAGCUUUCUACCAUUUCAGUUGGACUGCAAAUGAUAAAUACUUUUGUUGACUAAAUGUUGUGAAAAUAUUACUCUUUCCCUGAUUUGUCAGUGUUUUUAAUUUGGGAUAUGAACAAGUGUGCAAUCUGGUUUAUUUUUGAUUAGUGGGAUUGUAGUGGAUAAAAACACAAAGUGGCGGUGAGAAUAAACUUCACACGCUGUCAUUGUUCUGUCAUGUGAGAGAUUACUGAAUAACUGUGGUGUUUUCAUGUGGCUUAGUGGUUUUGAUUUUGUGUAUAUAAAUUUAAAUGGGGGAAAAAAUCUAAUUCACAAAAUACAUUUUUACAAUAUUGUUUGCAGUGAUCAGUCAUCAUCAUAAUUAUUCUGAUAUGUCACAUUAAAAGAUGCACCAAAGCCUUCUGGAAGAUCAGAUACACAGAAGCUCAAUUAUAUUUCACCCUGCUUUACAUGCCUGUAUGUUGACAUAUAUUGGUUUUUAAUAUAAAAUGUUAAUGUAUGUAUUUAUGCAAGUCUGUGUGAUGCUUUUUGUAUGUUUGUCCUAUUUGAUUAAAUCUUUUGCGUAACCCUA